UACAGGAACAAAAAGAGGAAGUAAUAUCUGACAAUGGCUCUGGAGAAGACAAAACACGGUCCACACUGAUAUUAAAUCUUACCUUGUGUAGCCCUAAAGAAACUGAUCCCAGGUCAGAGAAGUGGUGACGCCUCUUGUGUGGGAUAAGACCAACCUCUGCUGUACCUGUCAGCGGCUGUUCUGCAACAAAGUCAAUGCACAAACAUAAGCAGGUUUUCAGUUCAACCACAGGACAGUUUAGCAGCCCCCCACUUCCUCAUCAAGCAUCGAAACAGAGCACAAGCUUCCUGUGACGCCUCUGUGUCUGUGGUCAAUCAGUAAAGUAGCAUCAAUGUUUUUCAUUAUUGCGAAGUUACACUGCAUUGGAGGCAGACACUGGCCCAUCCAUCUCCAAGGGAACCUACGCCUCUGAUUGGGAGGAGGAUUCACACUGGCAAUAAUUUUAUCAACCUGCAUAGAAAGACACACAAAAUAAUUAUUUAACAAAAGGCUAUGGUUUUGUUAAAUUAAAAGUUGGAUACUUUGGACCUAACCAUGCUACAACAGACAGAGCUCAUCUUUGAUUUUGCAAGUGAUCAUGUGAACAUGUCACAGCUGAUGGCGUGCUCUGAUUACCCUGCGGUGAUAGUAGAACAAGUUCCCCACGCGCACCUGCUGUCCUACUCGGGUUUGACCUGUGAACAGUCCAACAAAGACGACCAUCAACAUCUUCUCAAAGUGGAGCCAUGUGAAAGUGGUGAAGAAGAAACCAUGGAGACACUUGUUGCUGCUGACUCCCUUCUCAACAUGGACUGUGCAGACACACUGUCGCUGGAAGAACAUUACUCCCAGGCCUUUUUACCUUCACUCAAUGAUGUCAUUGCUGCUCCAGUUACCCAGGUGACUGUGUCAGCAGAGGGCAUUGUGGGAGCUGUGGACCAGCCGCUGUGGCACACUGUGCACCAUGACCAGUCUGCUACAGCCCAGUCGAAAAAGAGAGGAAAGAAAUACAGAAACCGUAGAGCUGAGUCUCCCACACCAGACAUCACUGUAAAAAAGGACAGAUAUAAUAAAGGUGGAACCACACUGUAUCUGUGGCAAUUUUUGAUGGAACUGCUGCAAGACAGACAGGUCUGCCCCCGCUACAUCAAAUGGACAGAUCAUCGCCAAGGGAUCUUCAAAUUGGUCAAUUCAAAAGCUGUUGCCAGACUCUGGGGCAAACACAAAAACAAACCUGACAUGAAUUAUGAGACAAUGGGCCGAGCUCUAAGGUACUACUACCAGAGAGGUAUUCUGAACAAGGUGGAGGGCCAACGUUUAGUAUACCAGUUCACGUCAUUGCCCAAAGAUAUGAUUUAUAUCACUGAUGGAGAAGGUUCCAAAGAAGAGGAAGAUGAAAACGGCUCUGAUGAAACUGACAGUGACUCAGAUGACAGUACAGUAUCCUCGUGUGAUCAGUCUUUUGACCAGGAGACGUUUUGCCCACCUCCACAAAAGAAAAUGUCAAUACGACCUCCUGGUCCCACAAAGACCAGGGUGGCUCCCAAAGCUGCGGUCCAGCGUGAGACAGUCUUGAGGUCAGCCAAGAACAGCCUCAUCCAGGAGCAGCAUCUGCCCAUCGUCUCUGCAGAGAUGCUGCGUACCCUCCAAAACCUUCAGAAGGUCCAGUCUCUACAGCCGUCAGGUCACGGCUCUGUCUUCAAAACCGCCCAGCUGCUGGGGAGCCUAUGUGAGCGGCAGGCAGCAGCUGAAGUGGCAGUGGACAGUACACCUGCUCACAACAAUGGGGAGAAAAAGUCGCACUGUGGAAAAACUACAGUGGAAACCGUGUAGCUUGUACAUUAUGUAGUCUAGCACAAAUCUAUGAAGAUCCCCAACUAUUUAUACAGUUUCACCUUAUGCUGUUGAUCCAAAGUCUGACCAAAUGUCACCGCAGCACACAAUAUGUUUGUAUUUUAUUAGUACAGGUACUCUACUCAGUGCCCUCUUUUGCAUCUCUGAGUGGUCAUCACUUGUGAUUGAGUCUCACAAUAUCAGUCUUUAGAUUAUCUGCAGUAUUGUGAAAAUCAUGUGUGUAUAUAUUUUAUUUUUUCACAGCAAAAACAUAGGUUGGCUUUUGGCAAUUCCAGUAUAGUCAGUGUGAGAAGUGUAAAAUGUCAAAAACAGGCAUUAUUGAUUUUAUUCAAGCAUCCCACUUUUUUUUACGGAAAUAUAUUUGGUGUCCUCAACUGGAGGGGUUCUUCCUCUAAAUAGCAAAUAAGGAAAAGGAGGCAUAAGUUAUUUAGUGAAAAAUGUAAGAAGGUGAGAUUCAGUCACAAAUGCUUUCUCAGGAUGUAUUGGACAACCUCCAGGACAAAAAUGUGUAAUCUUAUGAGCUUUGUCGUAAUCUCAGCAUUAUUUAACUUUUUAAUUACCCUUUAUCUUUCUUACACCAAAGUUACAUGCACUGGAAGCUCUAUUGCUGCAUUGUCUGCAGACACGUGCUUGCACUCCUGCUCCUGAUUUUGGAGUGACUUUCUGAUGAUCACACUGUGCCCUGCUCUCAGUCUUACUCUCGUAUGUGUCUUAACUGUUGCACGCUAAUUAAGGUCUGCCUUGUAAAUGGGUUUGCACUAAAGGUUACUCCUGCUGUUUAAGUGCCUGAAGACUGGUCGCAGUGUCCUUGGUGUUUGAGGACCACAAGGAUGUUAAGGGAAACAUUCCAUUAAUUUACUGCUUUUGUUUGUGAAUGAUUGAAAACAAGGGAUUAUUGUUAUUUCUGAAAUUGCAGUCCGACACUGCUGCUCCUCUGUGACAAUCAACAGUGACAUGAACCUGUUGCUUGUUUUGCUUUUGUGCCUUAUGUGUACUUGUCAUUAUUUAGUGGUUAUUGUGUUCUUAUACUGUACACAUAUUAUUAACUUGUAUGAACCUCUAAAGCCUUAAUGUCUUUAUGUAUUGUUUAUUAUACAAUAUACUGUAUAACUGUGCUUUUUGCCAUUUCCCUCAGGUUUAUAAAACUUUGAUUUGCUUUAUAGACUAUAUGCCUUUUGCACCCAAUUAGCCUAUGCAAGAAUAAAACGACUUGCUCAUUAAGUCA